CUUGCCUGGGCCUGGGGCUUGCUAACCAUGAAGGCUGCCUUUGCAGCACGACCGGACUCGCAGACUCAGGCUCGUCUACAGGCGUUGCAGCAGCAGGUGGCCGCCGACUCCCAACAGACCGGCCUCGAGGCGACAUUCCUCGCCCAAAAGUCCAUCUACGACGGCUUCAUGCUGGAUGCACGGGUGACCGUUGUCUUCUACGUCAUGAUCUGUCUCUUCGUGUAUGCUGUCUCGCGACUGCGCGUUGCCAACCCGAAGUUCGCUCUGGUCCAGAUCUUCGGCAUCAUCAUCGCCGACCUCUUCUUGCUGUUUGGUCCGGUCCUGCCGUCUUUCUCGGCGUUGUUGCCCCGAGUUCUGGUCGAACCAGGGGCCAUUGGCGUGGGUCUCGGCGUCGUCUGCAACGUCAUCUUCUUCGCGCAGUCGGCAUCGAGCGCAAUCCUGGCGAAGAUGGAACAGCUCGUUGAAAUGGGCGAGAAGCCCCUGCAAUGCACGCGGUCGCGUUUCUCGGGGAGCCCAGCAGACCUGGGCGAGCUCGAAGCAUCCAAGGCGAAGACCAUUGCCGUCUUCAAAGCGAUGGAACCAGCCCUCGCCUUUCUGCCGCUGGACGUGUCUUGGGGUCGAUGGAGCCCCGAGGACGUCGGAUCCCUGCAUGAACCCCUUCAGCGCGCCAUGAUUGCCAAUAUGUCCUUGCUCGACUUCCAUAUUUCGCAUGUGAGAAGCGAUAAACAGCUGGAGCAGAUUCCCAUGUCUUCCGGAGAGGGUAAUGGGGUUGAUCUGGCUGAAAGGCCCCCUCGAGUUGGUGGCCAUCAGCUGCAGGAGAGCGCCGAUCUCAUGCACGCCUUGCGAAGUCCGGAAGAAGUUUUGAUGCGCGCUCAGACUCGCGAGGCCCUGAGAGCCUCGACUACGGAGCUACUGCAUCUGGCAUCGGAGUCGCUCAGCAUGGUAGCACAAUCGAUCCACACCGUGAACUCGGGUGCUUGGUUUUGCCGGACGCCAUUUGAAGAUAUUAGCAAGCUGAUCACUCGAGGCGAGAUUCUUCGGACGAGCAUCGACUCUGCACGAGCAGCAUGCAAGACCGAAACCACGACGCGUCUGCUGGAGAGCCAUGCGGAGAUCUUCGACGCCGAUGGGCAGCUGAAGAGCCGCGAUCAACUUGGACCUCAUUCGCUUCGGGGCCUUGUCCUCGGCAUGGUUGUCGAGGAACGCAUUCUCGGCGCAGCCGGAGCCAUCGAGGAACUCCUGAACCGCGUCACGCACCUGCUACGCCAUCGUAGCAAGGUCCGACUCUGGCUGCCGUCGCGUGUGCGAUAUGCCUUCUCCUGGCUGGUCAAUGGCCAUCAGACAACCCCGACACCGCACCUGGCGGCCAACGGAGGGCGCGAUCCAGACGUCGUGGCCGAGCAGACGAAGGAAGCGCAUCGUCGACUGCGUAUCAGUCGCGGUCACGGACGGCCGGUCCGACGCAGUCUUCUCACGCGCGCCAUAGUUGCAGUCUAUCACUGGCUGACCGACGCCGGCGGGAUGUACGCCCUGCGCAUGGUGAUCGUGACCAUCGCCACCGCGAUCCCAGGGUCUCUCCCAUCCACCGCGGGCUUCUACUACCGCGAAAAGGGCAUCUGGGGCCUCAUCACGGCGCAGACCACGCUGCUCGUCUACAUGGCCGACUUCACCGUCUCCCUGGUCGGUCGCACCGUCGGAACGGUCGUCGGCGGCGUCAUGGGCAUGCUGGCCUGGUAUGUCGGGUCGGGCCACGGACCGGGCAAUGCAUACGGACUGGCUGCCAUCACGGCGGUCAUGACGCUGAUCCUCAUGUGGUGGCGCCUCUUCCUGCCGCCGGCGUUCACGAUGGCGGCCAUCAUGAGCGGAGCGACGUUCAUGCUGGUCAUCGGCUUCAGCUACGACGACACUCACCUGUCGCAGUACGGGCUGCCCGGACACGGCUACGAGGCCUUCUACAAGCGACUGGUCACGGUGCUGCUGGGCUUCGUGGCGGCGUUCAUCGUGCAGAUCUUCCCUCGUCCGCCGUCGGCCACGCGGCAUACCUGCAAGACGCUGUCGAACACCGUGCGCACCCUGUCGGAUCAUUACGCGCUCUUGCUAUCGCAUUGGGGACGCACACAUCCCGGGACUCGCGCCGACCGAUCCAGCCCCGUAGGCGUCGUCGCGGAGAAGAUCUCGCUCGACGUCGCCGAAACCCUGCUGUCGGCGCAGCAGAGCAUCGCGCUGCUCAAAUUCGAAAUGACACUAGGGCCGUUCGACUCGCAGACGCUCUCCGACGCCGUCCGUCUCUGUCAGGACAUGAACCAAGCGCUCGGGCGACUCCUCUUGCUGUCGGACAGCCUUCCCGGUCCUCUUCAGGAUCGAUUGUCUCAUAGCGUCGGGAUCCUCGAUGACCACCACAUCGGGGAUAUUAUGGGAGUUCUCGGUAUCGUUGAGCAGGCGUUCAGACUGGGGCUUCCUCUGCCGGAACGGCUCCCGACACCGUUGAUCAAGCGAUGCUACGAGUCAUGGCACGACCAACAUCGGGCGGCGCAGUUGAGCACCGAGCUGGUUCGAGACGAGAACUAUCGGCGGUAUUGCGUGGGACUGAGCGCGUAUCUGAAGUUUCUUGCAGCGAUCGAUGAGCUGGUCCUGGUGUUGAAGGGCGCCUUGGGGGAGUCGCAUGUCGUUCGACGAUGGGAUGGUGACGAGCAGGUUUGAGUCCUCGGUCACUUCUAUAGGUGUAAUCUCGGAGGGUCUGGGUAGACUGGAGAGUGAUAGAUUAGAAAUUCAGUUUCAUUUCUUG